GCUUGUGGCCGCCCGGCCGCCGCCGGGGAUGGCGGGGCCGCCGGAGGUGGAGGGAGCGGUGGGGAUGCAAGGGCCGCCGGAGGUGGAGGCGCCGUCAUCGCGGGGCUUCUCGGAGGAGCAGUUUCGGGCCGCCUGCCGGGAGCUGGACCAGCCGGCGCCGGCCGCGGAGGGGCCCUGGCAGCUCCUGGUGGAGACCAUGGGCGUGCGGAUCUACCGGCUGUACCACGAGCAGUCAGGACUUUAUGAAUAUAAAAUCUUUGGUGGUCUUGCUGACUGUCCUCCAAAAUUGUGUGCAGAUGUCUACAUGGACUUGGAUUUCAGAAAAGAGUGGGAUCAGUAUGUUAAAGAACUGUAUGAGGAAACAUAUGAUGGUGAAAAAGUAAUCUACUGGGAAGUGAAGUACCCUUUUCCUCUCUCAAACAGAGAUUAUGUCUAUAUUCGGGAAUGUCGGGAGAUGGAUGUGGAUGGGAGGAAGAUCUGGGUUGUGUUAGCAAAAAGUGUGGCUGUUCCUCAGUGCCCUGAAAAGCCUGGUAUUAUCAGAGUUAAAAGCUAUAAACAAAGCCUGGUAAUUGAAAGUGAUGGCAAGGCUGGAUCUAAAGUCUAUAUGUACUAUUUUGAUAAUCCUGGUGGCAUGAUUCCAUCCUGGCUGGUCAACUGGGCUGCCAAGAGUGGUGUGCCUGCUUUCUUGAAGGAUAUACAAAAAGCUUGCCUUAAUUAUUCUAGGAGCACAUAGGUGUUGAAAUUGAUCUUAAUUGUUUAAUUCCUAGAUCUCUGCUCUUACAGGAAUGGCUGUUAUAUAUUACACUGGAUAAAAUCUACCUCUAAUAUUGGAAAGAAUUUUAUCUUAGUUGAGUUAUGCCUUGAGUUUUAUUAAUUGUUUUUUCCAUCUCCAACUGAAGAGCUGGCCACUGACAAGGUAACACCAACAUCAGCUGCAGCUUUUGAAAGUACUCAAGUUUAGCCUUGUUCCCCAUGCUUUGCUUAUGCUGGUUGUCAGGUGUCCAGCUAGAGGAGUUCUGUGAUGGAUAUGUUACAUCCUUGCAAAACAGACAAUAGUCUUACUAGAAAAAAUGUCUGAACUUGGACUGCAAAUUGUCUGUAUGUGUUAUGCCUGGAUCUGCCUUUGCAGGGUGGCUUCCUCCUGAAUCUCAGUAAUGGAACUUGCAUUGCAUGGGAGGAAACGCUUUUGCUACCCACGUUUGUCAUUCUUAAACUCUCUGCCUGAUAUAAACCUAAAAAAUGCAGGGGGCUGAGAUAAAUUGCUAGAAAUGUGCAGUAGGAGCUGGAAGUCUGUGAUGCUGAACUUCCUUAAAUCCAGAUGUAAAAAGAUCAAGCCUAAAGCCUUGCAUUCACAGCUCUAUACUUCUGUAUGAAAAGUAAAAACCCUUAGCUGUGUCCAGAUAGAUGAAAAAGGAGGGAGGUGACUUCUUGCUUGACUGAUUUUAGGGGAACAAGUUUUAUCUUCAGAGUCAGUAGUCUUAUCUAUAAAGCAGCUUGGAUACCAGCUUGAAACUGGAAGUAAUUUUAAACUGGGUGCCUGCCACUGAAUGUGGAUGAGCUUGAAGUGGAACUUGGGCUUGCUUGCAUUUCUGAAUUUCAUGCUGAUAUAAAGAAUGGAUGGUGACCCACUAAAAGCUUAAUUGAGCAGGAAAUUAAAUUUCCAGCACCUUUGCAGGGGGUGGGGCAGGGAGUGCCCCAUAAAAGAAUGAGAGGAUAUAAUUCUCAGGGAUUUAAAAUAUUCUACAUUGUUCCUAAAUCUAAUCCUGUUUCUGGAUAAAUCUGGUAGUGGAGUACCUUUGUUUUGUUAAAAAGGAAACGAUUGAAAUGAUUGCCUUUAUACCUUGUGUGAAUAUUUGCUUCCAAUAAAUCAUUAUUUUAUCCAUGUAGUGUUCUUGUUCUGUCUCCUAGGUUUAAGAGUGCCAUGCUGGGCAGGUCACAAAUGACAGGCUGAUACUGUGAGCUGCCUUACUUUUACAGGAUUUUGAAAGAAUAAGUUGGAUUAGAACUAAGCAGGAUUUCAUGUGUUCUGCUAGCAGUUUAGUCAUUUUUCAAUAUCUUUGACUUGGAGACUGUCACUGGAUUGAAUAUUACAGUGUUAUAUAACACAAUAUAACAACAUUUUAAAAGGGGACUAGCUGAGGAUGAAUCUUCCUGGAACAAUGAUGCGGACUAAUUUCCAGUUCUUUCUGAACAAAACUGACCUCUGUGCCACAAUAGUGCAAAACUUACCUGUAAUUGUAAACCUACCUUAAAAUUUGAGUUGAAAUGUUUACAAGCAAUAUGUACCUAGUGAGCUGAGUAUGUGCACAGAGAUGAAUGGUGGACAAAAGAGGUAAUUUUUUCAUUAUUUUUCUCCAGACAAUCUGUAAUUUUGUUUCUUCUUUAAGGAAAUGAAAGCAGGAGAAAGACUGAAAGCAUUUUAUAACCAUAUAGUUACUUGUCACCAAGACAGAGUAUACAUGUGUGUGCAGUGUGCUGAGACACUGAGGCUGAGAGUUCAAGAGGCUGAAUGGCUCCAUUGUCAAUCCAGCUGAAAAUUUGAUUUCCUGCAGACCCCGCACUGAGUGUGUAGAAUACAUUUGCUCACAUAUCCAUAUUGAAACCAUUGCACAGGCAGCUUCUAGUGCUGUACACAACUUUCUAAAUUAAAACACGUUUGAUUAAACAGCAGAUACUAAAACCAGCUUUUCCACUGUUUACAAGGAACUAAGCAAUGAUGUGAGAUGAAAGCAGCAUCAGAUCUUUUCUUUAGUUCCCCAUGGGCUUUUAAAGUAACAAAUAUGCAGUGACACUUCAGUUUAAGUCUGGGUUACUAUACCCAUCUUGUAUUAAUAGGGAAGAAAAGCUCAAGCGUCUUUGUGUCUGAAUGGAAGAUUUUGACUAGAAAGAGUUGGUAUUUUCAGUCUUUGGAUGUAAAGUCAUUCUUAAAUCAUUUUAGAGCAUUAUUAAUGACUGAUUAAAUAUUGAUCUUCCAUAAAUUAUACAUGUAUCCUGUGAGUCUUUCUGGACAGCUUGAGCAGGAAUUUACCUGCGGUGAAAGUUGUUAAGUCAUCAUGCGUUAUGAGUUCUGGUGCAUGGGGUUAUAAAACAUGAAAGCCCCUUCCCAUGCUGUUUCUUAAUGUAGCACCUCAAAGUUGGUUUUGUUUCACCAGCUUGCCUAAAACUGGAGUGCAGAGUUUGUUCUUUUAGUGAUCUGUUGUAAGCAAAGGGUUGUUUGAAUAAAAAAAGAAUGAACAUUUCUGUUA